UCAAAAACAAAUUGCUCACAUCAAAAACAAAUUGCUAAUCGCUCACAUCAAAAUCAAAAACUAAAACAAAAUCAUUACUCACUGGUCAGCAGCUAAGUUAAAAAGACUAUCCCCAGUUUUCACUCGAUUUUUCACUUGACCGCCAUUUUUUCGUUCAAGUCCCAUUGUUUUCAGUUUUGUAGCUAUUUGUGAACAGAUUGGCGGAAUCAGGAUCAGUAAAUGUAUUGCAGUACUUGUGGCACCGAAAUUGCCACAAACUGCAACUUCUGUUGGAGCUGCGGCAAAGGUAAGCGAAAUGUGGUAGAUUAUGGACGAUAGCGGCUUAACGAGUUGAAGGAACUAGACUGACACGUGUUGAUAGCAGUGGGAUUUUGGAAAGCAUCCAAAGGACAACACUUUGAUGAUCAAAACUUCCAGAUAAGGGUGAAAAAAUGAAAGCGAUAAAUUGCUUAUUUUCAGCUCAUCUGGUUCUUGAAGUGUGAUUUGACUCAUGCGCUCGUAGCAAUGGUUUGGAAAGAGUCUUAUUUUGCACAUGCCAAAGUGACUAGAAAGGCUGUGUCGAUCAAGCAACUAACACGUUGACCCAAAUACAAGUCGAUUUUACUGGAGUGGUACGUCAAAUUUAUACAGGUUAAAUGCCAAAAUGCCAACCCAAACCUACCUCCUCCAGACUUACCUUUGAUAGGUGUGUACCGUACCUAAUCAGCGACCAAUUACUUUUUUUCUUUUACUUGCAAUAGUAAUUCAUUGGAUAUAAUUUGGUGUAGCCAUUAAAAAACAAUGUCAAGGUUCAAAGGCUGAAAAUUGGCACUUUAUAAUAGCGAAUGGGUCAUUUGUAAAUAAGAUGAUUACUAGAGACCGAGUAAAUUCACUGUGUCCGAAAAUUUCGACAACAAAUGAACAAAGGUCUAAGGAUCAAUCUGCAUUGUUUUAACCAAUGAGUUAAACCUUUUGCCCUGUUCGCAUACCUUCUUAACGAAAGAAUAUUUCAUCGCAGGCUCGACUGCAAUAACAGCUAUUAUAGGAGAGGAGUGGAGGGCCUCAAAAAAUAUCGAUCAAUUUUAGAAAAUAGAGGAGGGGAGGGGGAGGAGUUGGUUGGAAGGUUACAAAAUGUUGUGAUGGGGAGAAAUGAUAGACAUUUUAACAUUAAAACUUGUCAAUUUUUAUUUCUUAUCAAGAAACAGCCCAAGGGAAAAUCAGGACCAAGUACUCUCUCUGCUUCAGUGGAAUCAAGUUUGGUCAAGUCAUCCAAACCCAUCAAGUCAUUUUCAGAUUAUAAAGCAGCCAAGGGAAAACAGUGGUUUUCAAAAGUCAAAGGUGGAAAGGCCAAAGGUACCAAGAACUCAGCAGCAGAUCAGGAGGUGCUUAUCUUUAUUGGAUUGCUUGAGUGGAAUGAGAAAGAAAAUAUUUUAAAGCCAAAAAGGGGAAAGAAGGUAGCACUGCGAAUUUCAAAUUCAGCGAAGUCUUCACUUCUUCUCCAGAAAGCUGAAGAAAAAUGGAGAGCUUAUUAUAGGAACUUGUACGAUGAAAACCAGACGUAUGUUCUCCUUUAUGAAGACGGGCAGCAAGUUCUCUUCUUGCCUGGGACAAGUGAAGUCUUCACUCUUAAGCGAUACCAUGAAGAAAUUGGCAAAGAUUAUAACAGAAUCUAUUUGUAUCUGUGCACAAGUGAAGAUUACAACAAUACACUAGUAGGUCAUGAUGAGAGUGAGGAUGAAGGUGCAUCUCAUUCAGCAUCAAAUUACAGCAAGAGCAAGAAUAACACAGCCCAUGGUGAUGAGAGUGAUGAUGAAAGCACCUCUCAUUCAGCAGCAAAAUAUGCCAAACUUGAGAAUACCACAGCCCUUACUACAGUUGGAGAGUAAAUAAAACUGGACGAGAAGUUGGCAAGAGAAUUAGAUAAUCAGCUAAACCAGGAUGUUUUGGAGGACUAUCAAAACAGUGACAAUCUGACAAUGCAGGAAAGAAGUCACAACCUGGUAGAGCAAGAUAAAGAUGCAGAACAAUCAGUUAAACAACCAGCAACUGAACAAAUACUAACAGACCAUGUUAGUGUUGUUAAAGAACUUAGUAAGAGAGUUGAUAACACAGGCCAAUUCUUUAUGGUGGUUCGAAGGGCUUGUAACUUCACAAGACGACUAAAUCUGUGGCAACAUGAAUCAAAGCAAACCAGCCCAGAAAAAUCUCUGAGAGUUCACUUCACAGGUGGAAUAGAUAGUGGAGCAAUGAGCAAAGAGUUUCUUGCACAGGCCAUAUUAGACAUGGGGAACAUAAUGUUCCCUGGUGGUACCCCCGUCAACUCCACCUACAAUGUACAGAAUGGAUAUUUCCAGUCUUGUGGAGAAAUUGUCGCUGUGAGUCUGGCUCAGGGAGACCCACCGCCUUGUUUUCUUGAAGAAUGUGUUUAUGACACAAUGGUCAAUCCAGAAAGUGAUUUCACUAACUUGAAUGAAAUGCACAUCACACCUCAGGAGAAGAAGAUGCUUGAGAAUAUCCGGAAUGAUCUAGAUAACCACAAUGAUACCAUUGUUGAUCAUGGUUACACUGGUAAAAUAGACCAAGAACAUAUCAGUGAUAUCAUGGGAUCCAUUAUGAUUAGUCUUAUUACUAAACGACAACUGUAUUUGAAAGAAUUUAUGAGAGGACUUGAACUUUAUGGUCUUGCUGAGAUCAUAAAACAUAAUCCAAAUUCAUGCAAGCCCCUUUUUGUAAAGGAGAGUAUAAAGGGUGUUGAUGCAAACUAUGUAUUUUUCCUUAUGAAACCAAACUUCUCUUUGGAGGGAUCAAGUCGAAAGGACAUUGAAGAGUCAGUGAUGGACA